AUGGGGAGGGGGCGGGUGGAGCUGAAGCGGAUCGAGAACAAGAUCAACCGCCAGGUCACCUUCGCCAAGCGCCGCAACGGCCUGCUCAAGAAGGCGUACGAGCUCUCCGUGCUCUGCGACGCCGAAGUCGCGCUCAUCAUCUUCUCCAACCGCGGCAAGCUCUAUGAGUUCUGCAGCGGACAGAGCAUCACAAAAACACUUGAGAGGUACGAAAAAAGCAGCUAUGGAGGCCCAGAUACUGCUGUACAGAACAAGGAGAACGAGUUAGUCCAGAGCAGUCGCAAUGAGUACCUUAAACUGAAAGCAAGGGUGGAUAAUUUACAGAGGACUCAGAGGAAUUUGCUUGGUGAAGAUCUGGGGUCACUUGGUAUCAAAGAGCUUGAGCAGCUUGAGAAGCAACUAGAUUCAUCCUUAAGGCACAUAAGAUCCUCAAGGACACAACAUAUGCUUGAUCAGCUCACUGAUCUUCAGAGGAGGGAGCAAAUGCUGUGUGAAGCAAAUAAGUGCCUUAGAAGAAAGGGGAUUUGUGAGAUUAAUGAGGUUUCUUACGUGAUUGUUUUGCAAAUAAAAGCUGGAGGAGACCAGCAACCAGGUGCAUGGCCAAGUGUGGGAGCACGGUGCCAACUUACUCGGCUACGAGCGGCACUCCCCCCCACAGCAGGCACCAUCACAUGUUGGCAAUGGAUUAUUCUUUCAUCCCCUGGAAGCUGCAGCAGAGCCAACCCUGCAGAUCGGGUUCGCUCCUGA